GCAGUUGAGCUCCAGUAAGACUGUCCACAUGGAGUCAAAGGGCAAGAGCCGUCAGCUGGUGCUGGAGAAUGUGGAGAAGAAGGAUGCUGGAGAAUAUACCUGUGAAGCUGGAAAUGAAAAGCUGGUCUUUAAGAUUCAGGUGGAAGACAUUCAAGCCGCCUUCUCCAACAAGGACUCCUAUCAGAAGGAAGUCAAAGUAGCUGCUUCCCAAAAAGCCACACUGAGCUGUGAAGUUUCUGACCCCAAGACUGAGGUGAAAUGGUUCAAGGAUGACAAGCAGUUGAGCUCCAGUAAGACUGUCCACAUGGAGUCAAAGGGCAAGAGCCGUCAGCUGCUGCUGGAGAACGUGCAGAAGAAGGAUGCUGGAGAAUAUACCUGUGAAAUUGGAAAUGAAAAGCUCGUCUUUAAGAUUUGUGUGGAAGACAUUCAAGCUGCCUUCUCCAACAAGGACUCUUAUCAGAAGGAAGUGAAGGUUUCAGCCUCCCAGAAAGCCACACUGAGCUGUGAAGUGUCUGACGUCAAGACUGAGGUGAAAUGGUUCAAGUAUGGCAAGCAGUUGAGCUCCGGUAAGACUGUCCAUAUGGAGUCAAAGGGCAAGAGCCGCCAGCUGGUGCUGGAGAAUGUGGAGAAGAAGGAUUCUGGAGAAUAUACCUGUGAAGCUGGAAAUGAGAAGCUUGCCUUUAAAAUUGAAGUGACAGACAUUCAAGCUGCCUUCACCAACAAAGACUCCUAUCAGAAGGAAGUCAAAGUAGCAGCUUCCCAGAAGACCACACUGAGCUGUGAAGUUACUGACCUUAAGACUGAGGUGAAAUGGUUCAAGGAUGGCAAGCAACUGAGCUCCAGUAAGAAUGUCCUUAUGGAGUCAAAGGGCAAAAGCCGCCAGCUGGUGCUGGAGAAUGUGGAGAAGAAGGAUGCUGGAGAGUACACCUGUGAAGUUGGAAAUGAGAAACUUGCCUUUAAAAUUCAGGUGACAGAUAUUCAAGCUGCCUUCACCAACAAGGACUCCUAUCAGAAGGAAGUCAAAGUAGCUGCUUCCCAAAAAGCCACACUGUGCUGUGAAGUUUCUGACCCCAAGACUGAGGUGAAAUGGUUCAAGGAUGGCAAGCAGUUGAGCUCCAGUAAGACUGUCCACAUAGAAUCAAAGGGCAAGAUCCGUCAGCUGCUGCUGGAGAACGUGGAGAAGAAGGAUGCUGGAGAAUAUACCUGUGAAGUUGGGAACGAAAAGCUGCCAUUUAAGAUUCAGGUGACAGAGCUCAAAGCUGCCUUCACCAACAAAGACUCUUAUCAGAGGGAAGUGAAGGUUUCAGCCUCCCAAAAAGCCACACUGAGCUGUGAAGUUUCUGACCUCAAGACUGAGGUGAAAUGGUUCAAGGAUGGCAAGCAGAUGAGCUCCAGUAAGACUGUCCACAUGGAGUCAAAGGGCAAGAUCCGUCAGCUGCUGCUGGAGAACGUGCAGACAAAGGAUGCUGGAGAAUAUACCUGUGAAGUUGGGAACGAAAAGCUGCCAUUUAAGAUUCAGGUGACAGAGCUCAAAGCUGCCUUCACCAACAAAGACUCUUAUCAGAAGGAAGUGAAGGUUUCAGCCUCCCAAAAAGCUACACUGAACUGUGAAGUUUCUGACCUCAAGACUGAGGUGAAAUGGUUCAAGGAUGGCAAGCAGUUGAGCUCCAGUAAGACUGUCCACAUGGAGUCAAAGGGCAAGAGCCACCAGCUGGUGCUGGAGAAUGUGGAGAAGAAGGAUGCUGGAGAAUAUACCUGUGAAGUUGGGAAUGAGAAACUUCUCUUUAAGAUUCAGGUGGAAGAUGUUUCUACCAAAUUCCAGAAGACAUCCGUAACAAAAGAAACUGUGAUGGUCGAGUCAACAGAAAAGGUUGUUUUAAAAACCGAGGUGAUGUCAGAGAAUUGUAGUGUUAAGUGGUUCAGGGAUGGAAUAGAACUGAAAGACGGAUCAAAGUAUGAGAUGAAACAGGAAGGUCGCUCACGUGUCCUCAUCGUUAAGUCGUCUGAAUCUAAAGACAGCGGCACCUACUUUUGUCAGACGGCUGAUGACAAGGUUGAGUUCAAGGUUCAGGUCAAAGAUGCACAUUUAAAGUUUGUGGUGCCAUUGCAGCCAGUGUCUGCGGUACUGGAAAGCACCAUGACACUUUCCUGCAGUCUCAACAAAGUCACGAGCAGUGUCCUCUGGAAGCAUAACGGCAAAGAAAUCAAAUCAGGUGGCAGAUUCAGUAUCCGCACUGAUGGCACCAACUGCAUCUUGACUGUCUCCGCUGUGGCUCAGGAGGAUGAAGGGGAGUACAGCUGCGAUUGCAAAGAUGACAAGACCUCCUCCAAAGUCACUACUAAAGCCCCACGUCUGGUGAGGUUCACUACCAAGCUGAACAAUGUUGUUGCAAAUGAAGGCAAAGAUGCCAUCUUUAAAUGCUCCGUCACACCAGCCGAUGUAAGUGUCAGAUGGCUGCGUAAUGACAUUCCUAUUACAGCUAGUCCCAAAUUUAAGAUCGCUCAUGGGGGAAGCAGCCAUUCCCUCACCAUCACAGCUGUCACUCAGGAGGAUGCAGGAGAGAUCAGUAUCGAUGCCGAGGGGAAAGUGUGCAAAGCCACACUCCAAGUACAACAGCUUCCCGUCACCUUCAAGAAGAAGCUUGCAGACAUGACUGUUACUGAGCAGGACACAGUUCGUUUGGAAAUGGAGCUGAGUAAACCCUCAAAAGAUGUGAAGUGGAUGAAGAAUGGUGUGGUACUACAGCAAGGAGAAAAUAUGGAGAUCCAUGUGGAUGGUGCCAAGCAGGCUUUGGUCCUCAAGAGUGUGGCGUAUGCUGACAGAGGACAUUACUCAUGUGAAACCCUAGAUGACAAGACCCAGGCCAAACUGACAGUAGAGAUUAAGAAGAUUCAAAUAGUAAAAGGCCUAAAAGAGAUUAAAGUGCAAGAAAAAGAGACCAUCACUAUGGAGGUGGAGCUAAGCAAGGCUGAUGUAGAAGGUUCCUGGAGCAAAGAUGCAAAGAAACUAAAGGCAGGACCCAAUAUCAUCAUUACAGCACUGGGCAACAAGCACUGCUUGACUAUGUCCCAGCUGAAGAUAAGUGAUGGUGGAACUAUUACUUUCCAAGCUGAGGAUGUCCAUACUUCUGGCAAACUAAUUGUUACAGAACCUGCUGCAAAGAUCUUCAAACCUCUAAGGGAUAUCAGUUCUCCUGAAAAGGAGAAAGUCACUUUUGAAUGUGAGGUGUCAAGAGCAAAUGCUGAUGUCAAGUGGUUUAAGGAUGAUGAGGAACUGAAGCCAGGAAAGAAAUGUGGCAUCUAUUCCCAGGCCAACAAGCGCACCCUCAUCAUCCACAAGUGUGCAUAUGAAGACCAGGGCCAGUAUAUAUGUAGAACAACAGAUGACAAUACUUCGGCCAAGUUCACUGUUCACGCCAGAGAUAUUAAAAUAGUCAAGCCGCUGCAGGACGUGGAGGUGACAGAGAAGGAGAGUGCAACGUUUGUUUGUGAGGUCUCUCACGAUGAGGUCGAGGCUCAGUGGCACAAAGGAGAUGCCAAACUUAAAGCUGGAGACAACAUAAAGAUAAGGCAGGAGGGAAGAACAUACAUUCUACUCCUCAAAUCUGUAAAGGCUGAGGACGCAGGUGAAAUAAAGUUCACAGCUGAGAAGGCCUCUUCAGCCUCUAAACUGAAGGUUAAAGAACUGCCUGUCAGAUUUGUGAAGAAACUGAGAGACAAAAUCGCCAUGUACAAACACCGCGCAUACUUAGAAUGUCAGGUAUCACGGGCCAACGCUAAAGUCACGUGGUACAAGAACAAGUCAGAGAUCAAACCCAGCAAGAAGCACGAGAUCACCAGUGAGGACAUCUACAGGAAGCUCACCAUCAUCGACGUGGACUCUGAUGAUGAGGAUACAUACGUGUGUGACGCCAUUGAUGAUAAGACUUCAUGUCAGCUACUAAUAGAGGAGCAGGCUAUCAGCAUAGUACGGGAGCUGAGUUCUUUGGAGGUGACCGAGCCGUUUGCUGCCAACUUUGAGGUGGAAGUCAGCGUGGAGACAGUCAAGCCAGUGAAAUGGACGCUAAAUGGGGAACAGCUGAAGGAGAGUGCAGAUAUCGAGAUGGAGAAAGAGGGAACCAUGCACCGACUCACUUUUAAGAAGACCAAGGCCUCCAUGUCAGGCCCAGUACAGUUCACUGCCGGAAAGAGCAAAUCAACAGCUGAGCUCAAAGUGAAAGAGCGUCCCAUUGAAGUCCUGGAGCCUCUUAAAGAUGUGUCAGCCAAGGAGAAGACUUCCACCACACUAUGCUGCAAGUUCUCUGCCACACCAAAAGAAGUACGGUGGCUUAAGGGUCAAACCGCUUUGGAGGCUUCUAGCAAAUACAGCAUGAAGCAAAAGGACGCCAAUGUGCAGCUGAUCAUACAAGCUUUGAGUGCAGAGGACUCUGGAGAGUAUCGCUGUCAGGUCGGGGUCUGUGAGAGCAAAGCUGUUCUCAAAGUAGAAGUGCGUAAAAUCCAAAUCACCAAACAUCUGACGGACGUGGAGGUGGAUGAAGAUGGUGAUGCUGUGUUCACCUGUGAGGUUAACUACGCUGAUGAAGAGGUCCAGUGGACACUCAAUGACAAGCCGCUCUUCAACAAUGAGGUCAAUGCCAUCACCCAUGUGGAUAAGACCCAUACGCUCACUCUCAAGAACCUAGCACCUGAGGAUGGUGGGAAGGUCUUAUUCAGCAUCAGGGAUGUGAAAGAAACGGUCUGCCUAAAGGUCAAAGAGAAGAAAGCCAUCUUCCUAAAGUUGCUGGAUGAUGUAGUUGCAGAGGAGAAGGGUACAGUUACCCUUAAGUGUGAAGCCUCAAAGCCCAGAGUGGCCCCUGUGUGGCGCAAAGAUGGAACAGUCCUGUCAGCAGGGAAAAAGUAUGAGCUCCUCCAUGAUGGUAAGACCUUGGGACUUACUAUCCAUGAUGUCACACAAGCUGACGCCGGGGAGUACAGCUGUGAUCUUGGCACAGACCUCUCCAAGUCCAAGGUCACUGUUAGAGAUAUCCACAUUGGGAUCACCAAGCGUCUUAAAUCGGUAGAGGCCAAAGCAGGUGAAAACUGCACAUUCGAGUGUAUCUUGUCCCGAGAAAGUUCAGAGAGGUGCACCUGGAGCCUAAAAGGCCAACCUGUCACUGAUGGAGGCCGUUUCCAGAUAAGCAGCAAAGGGCGCAAGUAUACCUUAACAAUCAAAGCUGUCUCAGCUUCUGAUUCCGGUGAGGUGGUCUUCACUCUCAAGGAUUUGAGCUCAAAGGCAACAUUUACUGUUGAGGGUGAAGCUCCUACCAUAUCUAAAGAGCUUCAAGGUGUCAGUGCCAAAAUUGGUGAGGAUGCCACAUUCUCCUGUGAGCUUUCUCAAUCUGGACUGGAAGUGAAGUGGUCAAAGGAUGGCAAAUCUAUUAGAAAAAGCCAGAAAUACGAAAUCAGUCAGGAGCGGACGCUCGUAAAGCUGACAAUCCGCAACGUCACUGAAAAAGAUUCUGGAGAAUACAGCUGUGAGAUCACCGGUGGUCCAACCUCCAAGGCUAAGCUGGAGAUCAAAGAACUGGCCAACAAAUUCAUUCGUGAGCUAAAGGAUGCCACUGCAGAAGAGAAGAGUGCUGUCUCCUUUGAAUGUGAGACAACCCAACCUGCCUCUAAAGUCACCUGGCUGAAAGGAACAAAGGAGAUCAGGGCUGGAGGAAGGUAUGAGCUUAUGCAAAAGGGAACUGUCCUCAUCCUCAAAGUGAAGGAUCUGGAGAAGAGUGACAGCGAGGUAUACACCUGUGACAUUGGCUCUACGAAGAGUACAGCCAAAUUGACGGUGAAAGUGGUACCUGCUAGGUUUAAGGGUCAGAUGAAGAACCAGCAGGUUACUGAAGGUGGGAAAGUCUUACUUUCCUGUGAGCUCUCAAAACCUGGCUGCCAAGUGCAAUGGAAGAAGGGAACGCAAAGUCUGAAACAUGGGGGAAGAUAUCAGAUAAUGCAGAGGGACACCAUGUGUGAGCUACAGAUUUCAGACUUAGUGCCUGAGGACAGUGGAGAAUAUUCCUGUGAUUGUGGAAGCGAAAAAACAACAGCAAAUGUUGUUGUUAGUGCAUUACCGGCGGUCUUCAAAUGUGAGCUACAAAGCCAAGAGUGUGACGAAGGAGACAGCGUUACUCUUCACUGUGAACUCUCAAAGCGUGGAGUUCCUGUUGUUUGGAAGAAAGGAACGCAGGUGCUACAAUCUGGGGAAAAGUACCUCAUCAUGCAAGAUGGGGCUACUGUUGAGUUGAAGAUCGCUGACCUCAGACCUGAAGAUGCUGGACAAUACACAUGUGUGUGUGUGGACAAAAAGACUACAGCAAACAUUAAAAUCAAGGCAUUGAUCUUCAAAAGAGAACUACAAAACCAGGAGUGUCAAGAGGUGGACAGUGUUACUCUUCAGUGUGAGCUUUCCAAACCAGGAGUCCCUGUGGUUUGGAGGAAAGGAACACAAGUGAUCCAUUCUGGAGAGAAAUACCACAUAAAGCAAGUUGGUUCUGUUUUUGAACUGAAGAUCCCUGAUGUCAAACCUGAAGAUGCUGGGGUCUAUAGUUGUGAUUGUGGGUUUAGCAAGACCUCAUCUACCAUUACCGUCAAUGCACUACCAGUGGUCUUCACACAUGAGCUGCAAAACCUGGAGUGUGAUGAAGGAGGCAGUGCUACUCUGUCCUGUGAGCUUUCCAAACCUGGUGUCCCUGUGCAGUGGAAAAAAGGAAGCCAUGUUAUUCAGUCUGGAGGAAAGUACGUCAUCAGGCAGAUUGCCUCAAAGGUGGAGCUGAAGAUCACAGAUCUCAAACCUGAAGAUGAAGGAGACUACACGUGUGUAUGUGGAGACAAGGCAACAACAGCCCAUAUGAAGAUCAAGGCUCACCCAAUUCAGUUUACGGAAGUACUGCUAAACCAAGCAUGUGAUGAAGGUGGCACUGUUAUUCUGCGCUGUGAACUCUCAAAACCUGGAGUUCCUGUGAUUUGGAGGAAAGGAACACGGGUGAUCCAUUCUGGUGGAAAGUACAUCAUCAGACAAAUUGGGACUACGGUUGAGUUGAAAAUCAUUGAUGUUAAACCUGAAGAUACUGGAGACUAUGCUUGUGAUUGUGGAGACAACAUCACCACUGCUAACAUCAAAGUCAAUGCAUUACCAGUGGUCUUCAGGCAUGAGCUGCAGAACCAACAGGUUCAAGAGGGGGAAAGAAUUAUUUUGCACUGUGAACUCUCAAAACCUGAAGUUCCUGUGGUUUGGAGAAAAGGAACAGAGGUGAUCAGUUCUGGAGGAAAGUACAUCAUCAAACAAGUUAGCUCUACUGUUGAGCUGAAGAUCACUGAUGUCAAACCUGAAGAUGCUGGAGACUAUGUUUGUGAUUGCGGAGACAACAUCAGCACCGCUAGUAUCAAAGUCAAUACAUUACCGGUGGUCUUCAAGCGUGAGCUACAGAACCAAGAGCUUCAAGAAGGGGAGAGUGUUACUUUGCGCUGUGAACUCUCAAAACCUGGAGUUCCUGUGGUUUGGAGAAAAGGAACAGAGGUCAUCAGUUCUGGAGGAAAGUACAUCAUCAAGCAAGUUAGCUCUACUGUUGAGCUGAAGAUCACUGAUGUUAAAUCUGAAGACGCUGGAGAUUAUGUUUGUGAUUGUGUAGAUAACAUCUGCACCGCUAGUAUCAAAGUCAAUGCAUUACCAGUGGUCUUCAAACGUGAGCUACAGAAUCAAGAAAUUCAGGAAGGAGAUAGUGUCACUUUGCGCUGUGAAGUCUCGAAACCCGAAGUUCCUGUGAUUUGGAGGAAAGGAACACAGGUGAUCCAUUCUGGAGGAAAGUACUUCAUCAAGCAAGUUGGCUCUACUGUUGAGAUGAAGAUCACUGAUGUUAAACCUGAAGAUGCUGGAGAUUAUGUUUGUGGUUGCGGAGACAGCAUGACAACUGCCAACGUCAAGGUUAACGCUCUUCCAGCCACCUUCACACAAGAGCUAAAAAAACAGACAGCUAUUGAAGGAGAAAGCAUCAUCUUCCAGUGUGAGCUCUCCAAACGUGGAGUUCCUGUUGUUUGGAGGAAAGGGAUGCAGGUGAUCCAUUCUGGAGGAAAGUACCUCAUCAGGCAAGUUGGCUCUACUGUUGAGCUGAUGAUCACUGAUGUCAAACCUGAAGAUGCUGGAGACUAUGCUUGUGAUUGCGGAGACAGCAUUACCACAGCCAAUGUCAAGGUUAAUGCGCUUCCAGCCAUUUUCACACAAGCACUAAAGAACCAGGCAGCUGUUGAGGGAGAGAGCAUCAGCUUCCAGUGUGAGCUUUCCAAAGCAGACAUUCCUGUUGAGUGGCGCAAGGGUGAAAUUGGCCUAUGCCCCAGUGCUAAAUAUGAAUUAAAGCAAGAUGGCCACCGUGCCCAACUGGUCAUACAUGACCUUGAACAUGAGGACUCUGGUGACUAUAUUUGUGACACUGGAGAACACCAAAGCAUCGCAUAUCUGAAAGUUAAGGCACUGCCAGUUCUUUUCAAAUCAUCUCUAAAAGAUUUGGAAAGUGAAGCUGGGGAAAAUGCAGUGUUUCGAUGUGAACUUGACAAAGCUGGAGCCAAAGUCAUCUGGAGGAAAGACAAGAGUGUAAUAGAAGCAAGCCACAAAUAUCAGCUGAAGCAAGAUGGGGCUGUUGCUGAGCUUAUCAUUUACAAGCUGCAAGAAGGAGACGCUGGAGAGUACUGCUGUGAAACAGAACAUGAUCGGACAUCUGCCAAACUCACUGUGAAGGAACCUGAAAUCACGAUCUUAACUGGCUUGAAGAGCUGCAUUGUCAAUGAAGGCGAGGACGUUCAUUUCGAAUGCCUUGUCUCUCAUGACAAUGCACUCAUUGUUCAGUGGACGCUACAAGAUGUUCCACUACAGAACAAUGAGAUGAAUGAAAUCGGAAUGGACGGCAAAAGGCACACGCUUACACUAAGAAGUGUCACCCAGAAAGACUCGGGCACAGUGUCCUUCCAUGUGGGUGCACACACUUCUUUUGCUUGUCUUACAGUCAGAGCAGUCCCUGUGCUGUCAUUUGUGAAGGAGUUAACAAGCCAGGAAGUCACAGAGGGAGGCAGUGCCUCAUUAUGUUGUGAAACUUCAAUACCUGAUGCCAGUGUGACCUGGAAGAAGGGUACUCAGGUCCUAUCUGAUGGAAAGAAGUAUUCCAUAAAGAGGGAUGGCACAAUCCAAACCUUGGAAAUCCAUAAGCUAUCAGUGGAUGAUGGUGGCGAGUACAUAUGUGAAGCAGGAGACAAACAAAGCAAAGCUACAUUGACUGUCAAAGAAUGUGUAAAAAUCACAAGAGAAUUAAAGGAUGUGACUGUGAUAACGGGCGAGGAUGCUAUCUUCCAGUGUGAGGUGUCUCAUACAGGGGUUACGAAUGUUGAGUGGUGGCUCGGCUCCAAUCACCUUCAAAACAAUGACUUGAAUCAAAUCAGCUGCCGAGGGAGGGAACACAGCCUAGUGCUGAAAAUGGUCACACCCGAUGACUCAGGUGAUGUAGCCUUUGUGGUUGGCCCUGAGAAGAGUGUCGCCUACUUGUUGGUGCAGGAGAAACCCAAAGUCGUAUUCUUAGAGAAGCCUCUGGACUUAACUACCAAAGAGGGUCAAACAGUCACACUGUCCUGCAUGACUUCUGACCCUGAGGCCUCUGUCACCUGGUACAAAGAUGAAGCGAUGAUAAAGGCAGGGGGGCGGUAUCUGCUCUACAAGGAUAGAGCCGUCCAUCAGCUCCGCAUCCUUAGAGUGGAGGAAGGAGAUGCAGGGUUGUAUACAUGCAAAACCAAAGAUGCAGAAAGCUGUGCCACCCUUACUGUUAAAGGUCAACCUGCAUAUUUCCGGAAGGAGUUAGACAACCAGAAUGCAAUAGAGGGAGAUAGUAUCACCUUGCGCUGUGAGCUUUCUAAGCCGGUUAAAAGUGUAGCGUGGAGAAAGGGUGGAGUGGUGCUCCAACCCAGUAAGAAAUUUGAGAUGAAAAAGGAAGGGUGUGUGCUGGAGCUCCAUGUCCAUGAUCUGGAACCAGAGGACAAUGGCUACUACACUUGUGAUGCUGGAGACCAGUUGACCACAGCAUCAGUCACUGUGCAAGAGGCUGAGGUUCUCAUAGUGUCGGGUAUAAAGAAUACAGAUGUGUUUGUGGGCGAACAGGCAAUUUUCUCCUGCCAGCUCUCUCGCCAUGCCAAAGGCAGAGUUCAGUGGUGGCUAGACGGCACUCGUUUGGAGAACAGUACCUUCAGUGAAAUAAGUGUGGGUGAAGACCAUGUCCACACUCUAACCCUAAGGAACCUUUCUCCCAAUGAUUCGGGUACAGUCCUGUUCAAAACAGGUGGCCUGACAUCCUCCGCCAAGCUGUUAGUGAAAGAUCCCAAUGUGGAGGUGGUCAGUGCCAUGGAGGACCAACAUGUAGCAGAAAACCAGCCUGCAGAGUUCAUCUGUCAGUACUCCCGGCCAGUCAAGGCCGUAUGGAAGCAAAACAGCAUACCUGUGCAAGCAGACGGUCGCAGGGUGAUAGUGGAACAGGACUGGACUGUUGCGCGGUUGUACAUUAGCUGUGUGGAGCCCCAGGAUGGGGGGAUGUACUCCUGUGAGGCAGAAGGAACCUCUGUUGUGGCACAUCUCAGGGUGCAAGCUAAACCAAUUGACAUUCUUCAAGAGCUGAGUAAUGUGGAGACCAUUAAUGGCGGGGAAGCACUUUUUGAAUGCUCCUUGUCUCGUCCUGAAAACAAAGACUGCCAGUGGUUAAUCGAUGGCAAGCAUGUAAAGGAGUCCGCAAACGUGGAGAUUGUUUCCUUUGAGAGUGGCAGACGCCAUCUUCUGCUUUUAAAGAACUUGCAUCCUUGUGAAAACACAAGGGUUACAUUCCAAGCUGGCACUUCAUCAACUACUGCUCUUCUGUCUGUCAAAGCUUGGCAACUGGAGGUGGUCAAGCCUUUGGAAGAUAAGACCGCCAUUGCAGGAGAACAAGUUGAGUUCACUUGUGUUUUGAAUGAAGCUGUGCCUGAGAGUGAAGGGACUUGGUAUGCAAAUGGUGUUGAGCUAAAAUGUAAUGACCAAUGGGCCAUGAGAGCCAGUGGCUCUUCCUACAGCCUAAUUUUGAAAAAAGCCCAGGCUCAGCCCACACAGGAAAUCACAUUUGCAGCCCGGGAUGCCUUAUCAAUUGCCAAACUCAUCACAAUAUCUGUGCCUGAUCCCCCUGAAGACCCAGAGCUGGUUAUUAAAGGUCCAACGUUUGUCACCUUAUCUUGGUUCACGCCCCUAAGUGAUGGAGGAAGCCCAAUCAGUGGUUACCGUGUGGAAAUGCGUCUAGUGGACAGUGUCCUCUGGCUGCCCUGCCACUCAGAACCAGUAUGCAACACUGAAUUUCUGGUUGAAAACCUCAUACCGGGGGAAGGUUACAGGUUCAGAGUGGCAGCCAUCAACCGUGCUGGUUUUGGAGAGCCUGUCCAGCUGCCUCAAACUGUGACACUUGAUGCACAAGUGACCAUGACCAAAAUGUUAAGCAGCUCUAAGAUCCAAAAAGGAAAGAUGGUUCGUUUAGAGUGUGAACUUUCUACAGAGAGCAAGUCAGUCACAUGGCUAAAGGACAACAGAGAGAUAGAUGUUGGGGUCAAGUACCAAAUGGUAACAGAAGGAAAGAGCCAAGUUUUGCUCAUAAAGGAUUUCCAGUCUACAGAUCAGGGUGUCUAUUAUUGUGUAGCCUCAGAAGAGGCAAUGACUUCAAUCAACCUCAACCUCGAAGGAGAUGACACAACACUUUCUCAGGAUGCGGGCAGCCAGCCCAAACUGCCUCCUGAGGCUGCUUCUGAGGGAGAUUUACAUGCUCUAUGGGAUGCAGUGGCCAAGAAGAGGAGAAUGAGUCGGGAACCCACAUUAGAUUCAAUUUCAGAGUUGCCAGAAGAAGAUGGAAAAGAAAAAGCCCAGAGCAAAGAAGGAAAAGUACCUGAAAAGGAAGUGAGACCUGUUGAACCAACUCCCAAGAUCACAGGGGAGCCUAAUCUCUAUACAAGUUCUGAUGAGGAAUCUCUCAGUGGGACAACAAGCUUGGUGUCUUACCUAAAGAAAAGCAGCAAGUCCUCUAUGACUGUGGAAAGUCACACUGAGACUAUUGCCUCCAAGAAACUGUAUGAGCACUUCCAGAUGACAGAGCAAUCUGUUACAAAGACAUCUGUGGAACCCCUCAUGGAAGCUCAGAAAGGGGAUGAGUUGCAAGAGGCUGUUGUCAAGAUUCAGGCAGCCUUCAAAGGUUAUAAAGCCAGGAAGGACAUGCGACCAGUCUUCAAAGAAGUAUUUAAGGAUCAAACUAAGGAGCCCAAUGGGACAAUUCAUCUCGAGUGCAUUGUGGAGGGUAAGCCGGAUAAAGUUCGCUGGCUGAAAGAUGGUGAACCCUUAACAGAUGGCAAGCACCACCAUAUUGACAUCUAUAAUGAUGGCACCUGUUCUCUAGUAGUGACAGCUGCCACAACCAAAGACACAGGUGUAUAUACUUGUGAAGUAACCAAUAAGUUUGGUGUUUCCACCCAUAGUGGCAAAGUCACUGUAGGGUCCAUGCGGGAAUCUUCUGGGCGACGCCCACUCACUCUAGGCUACAGUGCAGAUAGCGAAGCUGAGAGCUCCUCAGGGAGUGAGCUGGAUGAGACUUUACGGCAAGCAAGUAAACGAUUACGGCGACUUCUUCGUACUCGCCUCCCUCCAGAUGUGGAAGAGGAACCUUUUGUUAGUGCGGAUGAAGGAGAUUUACUGCCACCGGACUUACAGUCUUACCGGGAAGACGAUCAGUAUAUCUACAUCCGUUUUGAUAAUCGUGCAGAAGCUCAAGUAGCUUCCCAGCGCUUCCAGGUAAUGUUUACUUAUCAAGGAGUGCCAAUCGAAAUGGCCAUCAUAGCAGUGGCAGGUGCUAAGGUAGAGCUGCGUAUCACAAAGAUGGGUCUCUCCCAAGAUGGCUCCCAAACCCCAACUCAGGACCGACCGAUGCCUGCUUUCAUGACAGGAGCCCCUGCGGCCCCCGUCUUCCUGACGGAGCUCCGUAGCCAAGAUGUUCCUGAUGGGUUUCCAGUCAGUUUUGACUGUGUAAUUGUCGGCAACCCCCCUCCCACUGUGAGAUGGUUCAAGGAUGGAAAGAUGUUGGAGGAAAACGACCACUACAUGAUCAAUGAAGACCAGGAAGGCCAUCACCAGCUGAUCAUCACAGCUGUGCUGCCCGCAGACAUGGGCGUGUACCGAUGCAUGGCUGAAAAUGACAGUGGCAUCGCCUCCAGCAAGGCUGAGCUGAGGGUGGACAUGUCUUGCAGCUCAGACUAUGACACAGCAGCCGAUGCCACAGAGACAUCUUCCUUUGUCAGUGCUAAAGGUUAUGUGUCUAGCUCAGAGCACAGGGACACAGAGGCUUUUGAGUCGGUGGCAGAGGACGAGCAGCUUCCUCAAGUUGUGGAUGAGUUACAUGAUUUAUUCCUCAGUCCCGGAGCACCCAUUGCCAAAAUGAGUGUCAAGGUCAAAGGAUUUCCCACACCAAGGGUUUACUGGUUUAAGGAUGGCAUCCCACUCCAAGCCUCCAGCAGAAUUGUACUAUCGACCGAGCAAGAUCAGCACAAUCUUGAGAUUUUAGAUGUUAAGUGCGAGGACACCGGAGAAUACUCAGCAUAUAUUAGCAAUAUAGCUGGCUCUGCCUACUCUUCGGCACGACUGAAUGUACUGGCUCCUGGAGAGCGCCCCGCACCUGAACAGGGACGAAUGAGAGAUUCAAAGGUGCCACUUGUGCCACCACGCUUCCUGGAGAGGUUCAGCAACAAGAAGGUGAAACAGGGAGCAAGUAUAACGCUGUCAGUCAAAGUGGAAGGCUCCCCAACCCCAUCUGUAAACUGGUUAAAGGAAGUGUCAGAUAAGGAUGUUCUGUGGAUAAAGGCAGACACACCAGGUUACAAGGUGGCCAGCUCUGGCCGUCAACAUAGUCUCAUCCUCAUGGAAGUGGAAAAAAAACAUGGCGGCUUGUACACUUGCAUCGCCACCAACCGUGCUGGACAGUCAGUCAACACAGCCCGACUGGAUGUAGAGACAGCACCAGAGCAAAAGAAAGUGGGGCCAGAGGUUCUGGGAAUUACUAUCAGCCCACCGGAGGAAGAGGGCAAAGGAGAGAUCAAACUACCUUCCUUGGGUGAAGUGGGUACAGAGGAGUUCUUAAAAAAACUCACAACCCAAAUCACAGAAAGGGUAUUUGCCAGGAUUACUCAAGCUUCAUUACGUGUCCCAGGAGCUGACAGCGAUGAUGAAACAAAAACACCGUCCCCAUCUCCAUAUCACGGCCGAUCACGCCCUCCAUCUCUGAUCGCAGACUCAUCAUCUGAGUCAGAUGAAGGAGAUGCCAGGGGAGAGAUGUUUGAUAUCUAUGUGGUGAUCGCUGACUACAACCCCAUGGGAGUCAGCAAAGAUGUCAUCGCUCUGAAAGAGGGUCAGUAUGUGGAGGUUCUGGAUUCUGCCCACCCACUUAAAUGGCUGGUCCGCACCAAGCCCACCAAAUCCAAUCCAUCUCGCCAGGGAUGGGUCUCGCCUGCAUAUCUCGACAAAAGACUGAAGCUGUCUGCAGAAGUUGCAGACCUCCCAGAGACCACCAGAGAAGAAGUCACAGAGACAGAGUACAAGAAAAAACUCUGUCUACUCGUCCAGGAGCUGAUUAGCACAGAAACUGAGUUUCUGAAGGAGAUAGAGUUCUUCACAUCACACCAUCUGAAGCGUGUGGAUGAAGAGAGCACACCAUCUGAAAUCACCAGCCAGAAGGAAACCAUCUUCCGUAAUAUCAAUGAUUUGAAAUCCUUCCACAGCAGUACUUUGCUGCCUGGUCUGCGUGACUGUGACACGGAUGAUGACAUUGCCAUGCAUUUCCUGAGAAACUCUGAAGGGUUUGAGAAAUAUUUGCAGUACCUCAUUGGACAAUUGCAAGCUGAGUCCGUUAUCAGUGAGAAAGAAGUGCACCAAUAUUUCAAGGAUUAUACAGUCUCGGAGUUGGCAAAUGUUGACCCCUCAGAGGGUCCAGUGCUAAGCAUCAACGCUUACCUUCAGAGACCACCGGAGAGAAUUCAGAAGUACAGAGCUUUACUGAAGGAACUGAUCCGGAACAAGGCGAGGAACGGUCAAAACUGCUGUUUGUUGGAGCAGGCCUAUGCCAUGGUGUCAUCCCUCUCCCAGCGCUCAGAAAACACACACCAUGUCUCUCUCAUAGAGAACUACCCCGCCAAUCUGGAGGCACUGGGAGAACCUAUUAGACAGGGGCCCUUCACUGUUUGGGAAGGAGCUCCUGGAAUUCGAACAUCUUCCAGAGGUCACCACCGCCACGUUUUCCUCUUCAAAAACCAUGUGGUCAUCUGCAAACAGAAGAGAGACACGAACACAGACACCCAAGCAUAUGUGUUCAAGAGUAUGAUGAAGCUUACAAACAUUGAUGUGAAUGAGACAGUGGAGGGUGAUGAAAGAGCGUUUGAGAUCUGGCAUGAGCGCGAGGACUCCGUGAGAAAAUACACGUUGCAGGCACGGACUGUUGUCAUCAAGAACUCAUGGCUCCGCGACCUCCGUGACCUUCAGCAGCGCUACAGCAUGCCAGCAUGGAGCCCUCCAGAUUUUGACGCGGUGUUGACAGACUGUACAGCAGAGCUCGGACAGACAGUAAAGCUCGCCUGCAAGGUCACUGGUGCCCCCAAACCACAGGUCACCUGGUACAAAGACGGGCGUGCCGUGGAAGCGGAUCCUCAUCACAUCAUCAUUGAGGACCCAGACGGCUCUUGCACACUCAUUUUGGACAACAUGACAGCAGACGACUCAGGACAAUACAUGUGCUUCGCCACCAGCUCUGCGGGCAAUGCCAGCACACUAGGCAAAAUCACUGUGCAAGUACCUCCACGUUUUGUGAAUAAGAUCCGGAAUGCCACCCUUUAUCCAGGAGAAGAUGCACAGUUCACCUGCACCAUCCAGAGCGCACCGAGUCCCAAGAUAAGAUGGUUUAAGGAUGGUAAACUACUGACAGACCUGGAGAAGCUUCAAACAUACAGUGAACCGCGCAGUGGAGUGUUGGUUCUAGUUGUCAAGAACCCUGGAGAACGAGACCUUGGACACUAUGAGUGUGAGCUGUCAAACCGUCUGGGCAGUGCCAGGUGUGCGGCACAGCUGAUCACUCCUGCUGUGGCAAUGGCGGGAGAACGUAGAGCAGAUCAGGCCAUCAGUAUAGAAGUAACGGAACAAGAGACGAAAAUACCGAAGAAAACCAUAAUUAUUGAGGAGACCAUCACCACAGUAGUGAAGAACACCCGUAUGAAACGGCAUGCAUCCCCACGACCAUCGCCCAUGGGAGCUCACCGCUCAGAGACGUCCACACCCGAACCGCCCAGACAGAGACGAACCCUGGCCAGGAAGACUGUACCGACACUGUACGUUCCAGAGCCGGAGGGUGCCACGGCCAGGAACCCAAGAUGGGUAGAAGUCGAAGAGAUAAUCGAGUAUAAAGUGAACAAAUCACCCAAGUUACCAAGAAGAAGAGGCGUUUCCCCCAGCAAGUUCUCACCACCUGGCAAUCCAAACACUAAUAACUCCAACAACAAGUUACUCGAGGAGGCAAUGGGUGCCGCAAUGGCUCUGCAAGGUUCUUCUGGUACGGAUGAAGAGGAAAUUGCACAGAAUGUGUCUGAAGUACCUUCAGAGGUCGACAAUAUGACAACAUACUCAGGAGAAAUUGAUGACCCAUGUGUCUCUGAUGGAGAUGAUGAAGGAACUAUUGUUGUGGAACCUGAAGAUGACGAACUUGAUGCUCAAGACCGCAAAAUGCUGACUGAUGGGAAUCGAGUUCUUACUCUUGAAGAUCUCGAGGACUACGUCCCUCAGGAAGGGGAAACAUUUGGCAGCGGUACAGACCAGCAUGUCCUCGUCGAGAAACCAAGUGAGAUCUCGGUGUUGCAGAGAGAAAUUAACGAGCCUGUCGUUGGCAAACCCAUUGUGUUGAACGUGGUACGUCCGGUGCCACCAGCAAAGCCUCGCAUGGGAUUCUUUGGGUCCUUCAAGGAUCACAUUUCCAGCAUGUUUAGUCCAGGUUCAUCGGCGAGCGGCAGCUCUCAGGCAAGGCGAGAGAAGACCAUACCUAUUCAUGUGACGGGACAACCUUCAUCCAACUAUUCACGCCAUACCAGUAGCUUUGCGAGGCUUGAAGUCCAGCCGACGUACUGGUCCGAGGUCCAGAGAGGAAAGGAAGGAGGUCUGCAGAGCUUCAAAACACAGGUUGCCGCACAAACCCGCAGCUACACGCCAACCGGACAGGUCACUCUUCAGAUCAGCAAGAAGAAGCCAUUUGAAAAGCAGUAACUGAGAGGAAACCACUCAGGAUAGAUUCUCUGAUGCUUGUUUCUAGCAUGCAAAAUCAGGAACAUACAAGUAAGGCCUAGUCUUAAAUGGGAACGCUUCUGUAAAAUCUUGCGAUCUGGGAGUGUAAUUCAAUAGUGAAGCUUCUUUUAACAGCAGAUCAUUCCAUGUUGAGGCAAAGGAUUCGCUUGCCAAACUCAAUGACCUAAUGAAGACUUUCUAAUUUCUUGAGUUCCUGUGAGCAAAUGUGCAGCUGUGCUUCGGAACGGCAAGUCUGAUACAACAUGAAUGUGCAAAUAUGGACAGUAAAGCUGUCUUUCGUCUAAAGCAGGGGUGUCCAGUCCUGGCCCUGGAGGACCAACGUCCUGCAGAGUUUAGCUUCUACCA